AUGAAAUAGCAGAUCCAAGAACCCUCUCUUGAGGUCUGGAUCAGGACCCCUUUUCACUAACAUCUUUCUGGAAACCAUGGAAGGAACUAUAGUGAGGAAACCCCCUGACCCAAAGGCUAACUUCGGGUUCCACUCCCAGCUGAGGUGGUCUUGCUUGUCAUCGUCGGUGAAGAAGGACUUGUUGUGGCCCCCUUUGACAGAUGUGUCUACAUACCAGUAAGGUCCAUGGUGAUUGGUCCUGGGGCACUCUCACAAACCAGGGUGAGCCGGGUGACAACGACGUUGGGGGCUUUCGGAUCUGCAGGAUCAAAAGGGAAUUAUCUUCUAUUCACUGAACAAAACUGACAAGAAAGAAAUCACUCAUAUGUGAAUAACAUACUACGAGUGAAGCAACAUGGCACAAAGACUCCUGAACAAAUGAAGCAAAAGCCCAGUCAAAAAGCUGUAGGAGUUACACAGUCCUCCAAAUCCAGCCAGCCUGGCUAGCGUCAAAGCUUGCAGCAUGCACAGUCUGAGUGAUAAUAGUGGAGAGAGGCAGGAGAGAGAGGAGAGAGGUGGAGAACUUGCCAAAGAAAUGGUUGGCUCCUCCCCAUCAAUGGAAUCUGUCCCUGAACUCCAGCAAUGCCUCAAAGAUGACUCAUGAGGAACUGUUGACCUUUAUGAUACCUGCCUCAGGUGCCUGCAUGGUUCACUGAACCAUGGUUCACCCAACACUGCUAAUCACCCCUCGAGGGUGGGUACUAGGUUUGCUGUUUUUCUUGAAUUCCCCCAAAACACCUGCAUAGUUCUGGCACUUUAUAAAAUUUCCUUGAUUGAUAUAUAAGGUUUUAUAUCUAACAAUAUUCUGUUCUUUUUAGAUGCCGCAAAAAUAGCGAAGGACACUUUGAUUCCUCCAGACAAAAUCAUCAUUCAUUCUGUGGGAAGCAGGGUACCAUGUCAUAAGGGCACUCAAGCCCCCUGUGGAGUGGUCCAUGUGGUGAAGACCAAAAGCUGUCUGAGUGAGCCAUCCUGGAAAUGAAGGUCUCAGCUCCAGACGAUGACAGCCCUGGCUGACAGCAUGACUGUUAACCUCAUGGAAGAUGAGGCUGAAAGAGAAACAUCAGCUGCCCGGGGGCGUUAAAAUGAGUGACAAUGCUACUCUGGCUGCUCCAGCUUCAAAUCAGGGUCCUACCACCCCACGCAAAGGCCCUCCCAAGUUCAAGCAGAGGCAGACUCGCCAAUUCAAGAGUAAACCUCCAAAGAAAGGUGUGAAAGGAUUUGGAGAUGACAUUCCAGGAAUGGAGGGGCUAGGAACAGAUAUCACAGUGAUUUGUCCGUGGGAGGCAUUCAGCCACCUGGAAUUGCAUGAGCUCGCUCAGUUUGGGAUUAUUUGAAGUGCCAGAGGUUCUGCCACUCUCAAUGACAUCUGCUGUAAUUUUGGUUGCUUUUGCCCUGUUGAUCUGCUGGAAUCUUGAAAUUCAGCUGAUUGGAAGUGGUUUCUUUGACUUUCAAGGUCAUUUCCUAUGAGUUACUACUAAGAGUUCUCUUACUGUCAGAAUCUCUCUUGCAGUACAGCUCAAAAUAGUGGAUGCAUUUCAAACUUGACCACCUUUUCCUACCAGCUAGUUAGAAGUCAUCAAUAUUUCUCUACGUUUUCUUUAUGUGUAAGUCCUUUAAAUCUAUUUUUGCUAGGCAUUCAUUAUGAUUAAUAGUAGACUUUUAAGACAACAUUUAUGUCACUCCCCACCUCCUCUUAUUUAAUAAAGGAGAUAUUUACCUUGAAUGUUGGUGAAGUCAUAUUAAAUGCUACAUGGAAAUAUCUGAUGCUGUGUUCUGACAACCAGUUAAACAAAGAAGGCACAGUCAUACAGGAAAUAAGUGCAGUGCUUACAAAACAGCAUAGGAUUAAGAUUUGAAUUCUGUAAGUUUGUAAAUUGUGUACUUUCUGGGUCUAAAUUUUAUUGAACUAGGUUAUUCCAGAAGUCUCAUGCAGCUCUAAGUUGUAUAGUUCUAAGUUGGUGAGGAACUGAGAUUUAAACUCAGAAUUCUGACAAUGUGAGCCUUCUUUUUGGUACUCUGUUUGAGGAAGGUUUCCUUCCACAGCAUCCCUUCAGUGAAAUUAUUUUGUCCAAAGACUUAAAACGGGAGUCACAGGAGUUACAUACAUUGACUGCUUUGUGUACAUCUGUAGUAAAUCUAACCUUUAAACUGUCAAUUGAAAAGAUUUAUAUGCUAUAAGGUUUAGACUCAUAUGCAAAGUAUGGGCAGUUGACCCUCUAAAUAAAAUGAUGGUUUGCCUCA